CACUUUCUUUCGCAUUUCGCAUGGCCUCCAGUCUGAAGAGUCUGAAGCUGAACGAAAGAAAGGUUACAUCACGCUCGUGUUGUCAUCAGAGAAAAGUGCUGUAGAGAAAAUUUUGCGUUGGAUUUGCAACGUUAUUUUGUUGCAUUAUACCAAUUAGAAAACAACGUACCAACUUCCGUUUAUUUUGCCAACAUCUAACUGCAUUGCCCAUACACGGUUCACGAUGCAUUAACCGACCAGUCGUAGGAGGAUUGGCGAAAAUGUCCGAGUCAAAGCAGGACAAUAUUCGAAACAAAGCCGAAACAAACAAGUACCUUUCUAAUACGCUUUUUUUGCCACCACAACCUGCUAUGCUUUUUGUCGUCGUCACUAUCGGUCGUAACUAACUGUAACUAACAUCAAAACGCGUCAUCCCGCGUGAUAACCCGAUACGAUUCGCGCGAUCGAUCUUUGUAAUCGUCGAACGAAUAUUUACGCUGAACAUCGAACCCGAUGGCCGCAUAUUUAAACCGUACCAUUUCGAUGAUGACGGGUGGUGCAAAUGGGGCGGCUUCGCCGUAUGAAACGGCCGCUCUACUGGAUGCAAAUACAUCGCCCCGUGGGCUACACACUACUGCUGGUCAUUUGGACGUUUCACCGUUGCAGAUAUUCGUGAGAGCCAAGAAAAAGAUUAACGAUAUCUUCGGGGAAAUCGAGAACUAUGUGAUAGAGACAACAAGCUUUAUAGAUGGCAUGCCUGCGAUUGUCGAAAUUGUCGACAAAGCCGAAGCGGAACAAUUUAAAAGUUAUGUACUCAAGGUUUCUGGUAUACGAGAAGUUCUUGCUCGAGAUCACAUGAAAGUUGCAUUCUUCGGGCGUACCUCAAACGGUAAAAGCUCCGUCAUCAACGCUAUGCUGAAGGACAAAAUCCUACCGAGUGGCAUCGGUCACACAACCAACUGUUUUUGUCAGGUCGAGGGCGUCGAUGGAGAUGACGCUUAUCUAGUGAAAGAAGGCAGCGAUGAGAAGCUAAAUGUUACGUCGGUUAAACAAUUAGCUAAUGCAUUAUGCCACGAAAAGUUAUCUGAAAGUUCGAUGGUACGGAUAUUCUGGCCCCGUAAACGUUGCAGUCUUCUCCGCGACGAUGUCGUUUUUGUCGAUUCACCAGGAGUGGAUGUUUCUCCGAAUUUGGAUGAUUGGAUCGACAACCACUGCCUGAAUGCGGAUGUUUUUGUACUUGUUCUCAAUGCCGAAUCAACGAUGACUCUGGCGGAAAAGUCAUUCUUUCAUGAAGUUUCAACACGUCUUUCGAAACCAAACAUAUUUGUGCUGAAUAACCGAUGGGAUGCAUCUGCUUCCGAACCGGAAUUUCAAGAAUCGGUUAAAGCUCAGCAUCAGGAGCGUUGUAUCGAUUUUCUCGUAAAAGAACUUAAGGUUGCCACUCAGAAGGAAGCGGAAGAGCGGGUGUUCUUUGUAUCGGCCCGCGAAACGUUACAGGCUCGAUUAAAAGAAGCGGAGGGUUUACCGGCGAUUGCUGGUGCUUUGGCAGAUGGUUUCCAGAAUCGUUACUUCGAUUUCCAAGACUUCGAGCGAAAAUUUGAAGAAUGCAUCUCCAAAAGUGCCGUUCGAACCAAGUUUGAACAGCAUAGCUCACGUGGAAAAGGCAUUUCCAACGAGAUGCGCCUUAUGCUAGACAAUAUCUACGACCGAGCAAAUACGCUGCGGAAUCAAAAAUUGGAACAAAAGAAAAAACUAACGGAUCGCAUCGCCACGACUGAAGCGCAACUGAUGCAGGUUACCCGCGAGAUGAAAAUGAAAAUACACAACAUGGUGGAAGAAGUUGAGCAGAAGGUCGCGAAAGCGUUGAACGAAGAAAUUUGGCGACUCAAUAUUUUAGUUGACGAGUUUAAUUUGCCAUUUCACACCGACACACUAGUGCUGAAUGUCUAUAAGAAGGAAAUAAACGCUCAUGUGGAAAAUGGUCUCGGCUCCAACUUAAGAGCACGUCUAAGCACAGCACUGGCGAUGAACGUGGAAACAGCACAGCGUGAGAUGACGGACCGAAUGACGGCACUAAUUCCUUCGGAGAAAAUCGUAGUUCACACCAAUCAUGUUGUGGCGAGAAAUCAGCCUUUCGAGAUUCUCUACACGUUGAAUUGUCAGAAUUUAUGCGCUGAUUUUCAGGAGGAUUUAGAUUUUAGAUUUUCCUGGGGUAUCACUGCAUUCAUUGCUCGCUUUAAUGGCAAAAUGCGAUCUGGAAAUAAAAAGGCUAUAGCUCAUAACAAGCAUAACAGCAACGUUAACGCAUCGCAAAUAAUGUCCCCCACUUCACCAAUGUGUCUUGUACCGGAAAACGAUAUAAUCACACAGGAGCAACUGUCGGUGAUUUCGAAAGUAGCAAUAGCUUCAAUAGGUUCUCAGGGUACCCUUGGACUACUGGUAGCUGGAGUGCUUCUCAAAACUAUUGGCUGGCGUGUUAUCGUUGGAGCUGGCAUCCUGUACGGUAGUGUCUACCUUUACGAACGUCUGUCGUGGACCAACGCAGCUAAAGAAAAAAGUUUCAAGAAUCAGUACGUGCAACAUGCUACCAGAAAGUUAAAACUAAUCGUUGAUCUAACGUCCGCUAACUGCAGUCAUCAGGUGCAACAGGAACUCUCGAGCACUUUUGCGCGACUAUGCCGUGUAGUAGAUAGCGCUACCACUGACAUGAACACCGAACUAAAAGAAAUCGAAAAUUCGCUAUCAGUUAUUGAGGCCAACCAGAAGCAGAUCAAGGUGCUGAGCAAUAAGGCUAAUUUUAUUCAACGAGAGCUAGAAAUUUUUGAUAGUAACUAUAUCAAAGAGAACUAAACAGAAAUUCGAGGAAAUUGAACCAGAAGAUACUAAUAUAUUUUAAGCUUUGUUUAUUCAUGUAUGCAAUAGAAAGAUAGGUUGUUACAAUAGUCUACACAAUAUCUCUAAAAAAAUGUUUCCCUCGUUUUUUUUACCUGAUUCAAAAAUUAUACUAAUUGGAUUACAUAUGUAAUGCACGCUACGACGUGCGGCAAAUCUGUGAAAACAUUUUUAAGUUGAUACCGAUAUCGAAUGAAACUCUAGCCACUAAUAUAUUAUCUUCUCCGAUUACGGCAAAGAAAUGUGUAAUAGACAGGUAACUGUAUUAUAUAUUCUAGGAAACGUUAAUAACCUCUAGGAAAAUCGAUGCGAAAUUUCUGUAAUUUAAAUCAGCCCUCUUGAACGUGAAUAAUAUCUAGUGUUAUCUAUCUAUCUAGUGUUAGAAAUAAGAGUUGUAAAAAUAAACUAGAAUAUUGUUAGAAAACUUCAUCUUACCAACACUUGACCAGUUGCAAGCAUUGUAAACCUAGCGAACUCACAGUUUGAGCGUAUCUGGGUAGGAUUUUUUCUAAAACUCGAUUAAACCGAACAAUAUUUCUGAACCAUUGGCCUUUUCUUUUUCACAGCAUGUAUUCCAUAGUUAGAGUUUUACUCAUCAAUUUAGGUGGACUUUUUUUAUAGACUAUAAUUCGUGCAUGCUUAUUGUUGUACAAGCAAAUAAACCAUACUAAUUUGUGUGUGCAAAAAUAAAUUGUUGAGGCCCAAGCAAUUGUAUUGACGAAUAUUGUAAUCCGUACUAUUGAAAAGUUUGUUUAUUGUCCCAUUUUAAUAAAUAUCGCCAAAAAUA